AUGUCUGCAACUACUACUCGAACCAAAAUGAUGUUCGAUCCAGCAUCCUUCGGCAAAUUGCGGCUAAAGAGCCAUGACUCCCUAUACACGAUGGACGACUUGAUCAGAUCGCAUGCUGCAGAACCUGAAGAUUUCACAUUGAUCGGAGCUCCCGUAGAUGGUCUUACAGACUUUGAAGAACAUUCUGCUCGCGACGUCGAUAGGUUCGCCGAUGCGGCAGCAGCUCGACUGCAGGAAAUGGGCCUGAAGCCUGCAGUAAGACUUGCACAACAUCAGACCAGACUCGAUAUGGUUGUUACUCUUCUCGGUCUUUUGCGAUUAGGCUACGGCGCGUUGCUGCUUUCAACCAGACUGGCAGCACCAGCAUACGUCCGGUUGAUGAGCAUGGUCAACUGCUCCACGUUGAUCUCCACGGAUACUUUCAAGUCUGUCCUUGAUGAUGUUCAGGCUGAGAAGCCUCUUACCUGCUUGUCUCUGCUGCUGCGUUCGGACUACAUCGGCGUAAAAGCACCCACUUUCAGACGCCAAUACAACCCUGCCCAAGAGACAAAGAAGAUUGCAGUAAUUAUCCAUUCCUCUGGAUCGACCGGUUUUCCAAAGCCAAUCUACCUCCGACAUGCACAAUGUCUUGCGACCUUCACACAGAACUUUGGCAUGCGUGCUUUCCUGGCAUCUCCUCUCUUCCACAGUCAAGGCUUUUACGAGAUGUUCAGAACUAUCUACUCCAAGAAGCCUCUCUACCUUUGCAACUAUACAAUCCCUCACACACGCCAAGGCUUGAUGGCUCAAUUGCAGUAUUUGAAGCCCGAGAUCUUCAACUGCGUACCGUACCUGCUGAAGUUGUUGUGUGAAACCGAGGAAGGCAUUAACGAGCUAGCCAAAGUCAGUCUAGUGAUGUUCGCCGGUAGCGGGUGCCCAGAAGAUGUGGGAGACCUAUUGGUGAGUAAGGGAGUCAAUCUGGUCCAGAACUACGGAUGCACCGAGAUUGGUCGCAUCAUGACUUCGUUCAGAUCGGCAGAGGAUCCCGAGUGGAACUACUGCAGACUGAACCCGCCAGUGUCUGAGCACGUUCUGAUGGACGAGAUUGCCCCUGGGGUCUUUGAGUGUGUCGCACUGGAGAGCUUGAAGACAAGAGUUGCAGUCAAUUCAGACAACCCUCCGAACUCUUUCCGCUCAAGAGAUCUGUUCGCACCUCACCCAACGCGGCCGAAUCUGUGGAAGUAUCUGAGUAGGCUCGAUGAUCGCCUGACGCUGGUCAACGGCGAGAAGGUCCUGCCACUGCCAAUCGAAGGUCGCAUUCGUCAAGACCGCCUGGUUCAGGAAGCUGCGGUAUUUGGCAUUGGCAGAAGCGUACCUGGAGUCAUUAUCUUCCGAUCUCAUGAUGCUAAGGACAUGUCCGACGAUGAGUUUUUCGAAGCUGUGUGGCCCGCUGUCAAGGACGCCAAUGCCAGAGCAGAGAGUUUCUCCAGGGUUCCCAAGGAGCUCGUCAUUCUUGUUGCUGCAGACACAGAAUACCCCAAGACCGAUAAGGGCACUUUCAUCCGAGCCAAGAUCUAUGCCCAGCUCAAGGAGGAGAUCGAAACUAAAUACAGCGAUUUUGAGAAUGGCUGUCUGGGAGACUUGAUCCUCGAAGAACCUGAGCUUGAGAGAUGGCUUCUCACCGAAUUCAAGAAGGAGCUCGGAGUUUCGCUGGACAUUGAUGCAGACUUUUACCAAGCUGGAAUCGACAGUCUGCAGUCGACUAGAAUGUGGUCAAGCAUCAAGAAACAAAUUGAUCUAGGAGGCAAUCAUGCAUCACUAAGUCGGAAUGUUCUUUAUGAAACAGCGAAUGUUCGCGGACUUGCUCAGCAUCUUUAUUCAAUGAGAGUGGGCGAAAAGAAGACGCAAGAGGAUGAGAUCACUGUGAUGGAACAGCUUAUCUCAAAAUACUCCACCUUCGGGCGACACGAGCCACGCGAGACAAUCGCCGACACCAAGGACGUUGUGCUCUUGACAGGAGCCACUGGCACUGUUGGCAUACACAUACUCGCCAAGCUGGUCAAACAGAGCAACGUAUCGGCAGUAUGGGCAAUGGUGCGAGCUUCGUCAGUCGCUCAAGCAAACGAGCGUAUAUCAGAAGCUCUAAGUUCACGCGAUUUGUGCCUCACCGAAACGGACAAAGCGAAGAUCGUGCCCUUCCUCGGCGACUUAAGCAAGUCAGACCUUGGACUCGACGACGAGAACCUCCAGAGGUUGCAGUCGCAGCUCACCCAUGUAAUACAUAGCGCAUGGGCUGUCAAUUUUAAUCUUGGUGUGAGAAGUUUCGAAGAUCAGCAUAUCAGGGGAUCGUACAAUCUGAUCCAGCUAUGUCUCUCUACGCGCACACCUAUCCCUGCAAAGUUUUUCUUCUGCUCAUCAGUGUCAUCGGCUGCAGGUACGCCUCUUGAUCAAAAAAUCGGAGAAGGUCCUGUACCACAACUCGAAUUUGCUCAAGGAACCGGCUAUGGCAGAUCGAAGUUAGUGACCGAGCGUAUCGUCCAUAGCGCUAUGAGAAGCACUGGUAUGUAUGCCAGAGUAUUGCGUCUAGGCCAGAUUGCCGGUGAUAGCCAACACGGGCAAUGGAACACAACCGAGGCGAUUGCUUUGAUGAUUCAAACGGCAACAACCAUCAAGGCCCUGCCAACUCACAACGAAGAGCUUUCGUGGCUUCCGGUGGAUCUCGCAGCAUCGAUUGUUGCAGAACUUUCGGGCAUCGCCCAAGCAAUUCCUGAUAAUCGGUUGCAAGACAACGAUCUCGUAUACAACAUUCAGAACCCGACAGUAUAUCACUGGACCCGCGACAUACUGCCUGCUCUACACAGAGCAGGCUUGAAGUUUGAUGAAGUCCCGCCGAAGGAGUGGGUGCAGAGGUUGCGUGCUGGUGACCAGAAUCCAGAGACUAACCCACCGGUCAAACUGGCCGACUUUUUCGCUGAGAGAUAUGGCAACGUCGUUGAAGACGCUCCGAUGAAGAGUGCGGGUCGUUAUGAAACUCUCCAGACGUGUAAGGAUAGUGCUACAAUGGCAGCGAUUCCAGAUUUGAUAGAUUCAGGCAUGGUGGCUAAAUUUGUGAUGGCUUGGGCGAAGGAGUGGGGCGUAGAAUUGGGUUGA